UGGAUGUUACCUCUGCCAAUAGAACCCGGCUCGGUAACAUCUUCAAUUUUGACGUCGCGAAUUUCAACCGAAACUCUAUUCCUCACCUUCUAUCUCCCGCAAUUGAACUACUCGCGUGUCAAUUGAAUCCGAUAUUCACGAUGCGACCUACUCAAGCUCUUAUGGCUGGUGGCGAGGGCCCUAUCGGCAGGCAUGGAAAGUUCCUAGGCGGUUGGGGCAACUUCGGUGGCAUGCCGCAAAAGGGUAUCAUCAGCUACACCCUGAGCGCAAACAGGCAGAACCCGCUCGCCGGUACCGUGCACGCUGCCGUCUUCAACUCCUGGCGACGAUUCAGCGCACAGGUCCUCUACGUCGCUCCCCCCAUGAUCUUCUUCUACUACGCCCUGUCGUGGGCCACCGAACGAAACCACUACCUCAACUCCAAGGCCGGUCGCCAGGAGUUCGCCAACGAAUAGACGGGACUCGUGGAUUAUAGACAACGGAGGUUUAUCUGUCGUGUGUAGACAAAGCCUUGUAUACCUAUUAUCAAUAGACUGGGGCGCAAGAGCUACGAAUAUCCAAAUUCCCUUUUAUUUCCGAGUCGGUAGCAUACUUGAAGAUGAGCUUGUAGACAUCUGCUUUGUAAUUUCUACGCAAGUAUUCCAUAUCAUACGUCAAGUGCUCGAUAAAGUCAAGUACACAAGGCCGACACGUAUGUGGUCGUAUAUGAGACUAUAAUAAAGAACAUAAUAGCUGUAAUAACCCAGGGCAAUUAUUCAACUAUAUUAAGUAUGAAA